GUUCCCCUUUAAUCAUUUUCUUUUUCUUCUUCUUCUUCGUCUUCCAUUAAAGGGGCCGUGGGAUUUCGCUCUCUUCCUUCGACUCUUCUCCCGCACCAGCCGAGGAAUCCAAACCCAUCCCUCGAGACCCUUCUCGCAGCUCCCCCCCUUCCCUUCACCCGAAGAACGGAGCAGGAGAAGGGAAGAAGAAAGAAGAAGCAGCAGCAAAAAUGGCGCAGGCAGUAGAGGAAUGGUACAAGCAGAUGCCCAUCAUCACCCGCUCUUAUCUCACCGCCGCCAUCAUCACCAACAUCGGCUGCUCUCUCGAGAUAAUAUCACCUUACAAGCUUUACUUGAACCCUGGAUUGGUGUUUAAACAGUACCAAUUCUGGCGUCUCAUCACCAAUUUCCUCUACUUCCGAAAGAUGGACUUGGACUUCCUGUUCCAUAUGUUUUUCCUCGCUCGGUACUGCAAGCUUCUGGAAGAGAACUCCUUCCGGGGGAGGACAGCGGACUUCUUCUACAUGCUCUUGUUCGGAGCCAGUGUCUUGACAAGCAUUGUUCUUAUCGGGGGAAUGAUACCUUAUGUCUCAGAAUCAUUCGCCAAGAUCAUAUUUCUUAGCAAUUCACUGACCUUCAUGAUGGUAUAUGUGUGGAGCAAGCAAAAUCCUUUCAUCCACAUGAGCUUCUUGGGGCUGUUCACUUUCACUGCAGCUUACCUACCAUGGGUUCUUCUGGGGUUCUCAGUCCUCGUCGGUGCGAGUGCUUGGGUGGAUUUAUUGGGAAUGAUCGCAGGACAUGCCUACUAUUUUCUCGAGGAUGUAUACCCAAGGAUGACUGGGCGUCGGCCCCUGAGGACUCCUUCGUUCAUCAAGGCCCUGUUUGCGGAUGACCCCGUGGUGGUUGCUCGGCCUGCAAACGUCAGAUUUGCCGCUCCCCCUGCCGAAGAAAUCCACCAGGACUAAACAUCGUGUGGAGCACUCCCAAUACAGACGCUGUGGAUUAAUCAAUUAUAUCUCCACCCCAUGUUAAAUUUCCUAGAGCUGAGGAUAGGCAAGGUUAGCGCGGUUAAAGAUUCCGGUGGGCCGUUUUGUGAGUCAAGGACAAAACCCAGGUUUUAUCUCACGACGGUGGCUCCUGAAUCGGAUGCUUUUGUAAUUAAGUUUUUACUCAUAAUACCUUAAAAACUCUUCUUUUUCUUUUGCUUUUGACGAUCUACUCAUUGUAUAUGAUUAAAGUGCUGGCGAUGGUACUGGUGAAUUUGAGAGCCUGGUGUAAACAAGGAGAUCUGCGGUUUUGGGGAUA